CUUAACAAACAAGCCCAAUCUCCUUCCCCUCUCUCUGUAGUUUCAACCGCCUUCUUUUCAAGUCUCCCUUUUCCCUUAAUGGUUAGGGUUUCUUAGGUGCGUCCACUUCGCACAACAAAUAUUGCAGAAAACCCCCUGUUCUCUCUCUAAUUUCUCCAACUCUCCUCUCGAACAACUUUCUAGGUCGACCGUGGACUGAUUCAGCUACUCUUCUUUUUUCUGAUCUGCAUAGCUAGCUGCAUCAUAAGAUAUGGAUGUUGAUGUAGAUCAUUAUCUUGUUCUCGGGCUGCCCUCAGGCGAGGAAGGCGCCAAGCUUAGUGUGGAUGACAUUAAAAAAGCAUACAGAUCAAAGGCUCUAGAGUUGCACCCAGACAAGAGGCCGGGUAAUAAACAAGCCCUUGCUGAUUUUCAAAGGCUUCAUACAUCCUACGAGAUUCUCAAGGAUGAAAAGGCCAGGAAGUUUUUUGAUGAUCUUCUACGGGUUAAGCGUGAGCAGCAACGUCGCCAGUCAGAGCGGAGUUCCAAACGUGAUGCCAAGCGGCAGAAGAUGGUUUCUGACCUUGAAGAAAGGGAGCAGGCCGCUUUUGCUCCUGACCCUGCGGCGAAAGAACGAGAAGAAGAGGAGAGAAUUGCUAAGAAGCUGAGGGAAGAGAUUGCAAGAAUACGAGCAAUGCACACAAAUAAAGGUGCAAAUAUGGCAUCGGCUGUAAGUAGAGAGUCAUCAGGAGUUAAGAAGGAGGGUAUGGAUACUACUGGGGCUAGGGUGGAUAAGGAGAAGGUGCUUAAAGUUUCUUGGGAGAAGGUUGGUGAAGAUUACACUGCAGAGGGGUUAAGAGAGUUGUUUUCAAAGUUUGGUGAGGUGGAUGAUGUUGUCAUUAAGAGUUCCAAGAAAAAAGGUUCAGCACUUGUUGUAAUGGCGACUAAAGAUGCAGCAGUUGCUGCUACAGGAAGUUUGUGUGGUCAUCUUUCAAAUCCUUUGAGUGUUUUACUUCUUCUACCACCAAAGGCAGCCGAGACUUCAAGUGCCAUGAGUUCCCCAACGGCAUUUGAGGAUGCUGUGCUUAUGAAACUUCAAGGCUUCAGCCGACAGCACAAAGCUCAUUGAUCUGCGUCUCACUACAUCGGAUCCCUUCAGAUCUCUCCGCCAACCAGCCUUUCUGCUGGUUCCCUUCAGCGGCGUCAUUGAACCCAGUUGCCAUUCUGGAAGUGGGUACGGGGAUUACCUUAGUUCUGGCCACUCAGCCACCAUCCCACACUCAGCAUCAAACGCAGAUGGUGGUGAUGGCCAUUCGGCCCAUUCUGGAAGUGGCGGGUACGGGGAUUACCUCAAUAUGGCUCAAGGUUUCUUGAAGAAACAGUGAUUCCAACUGCUUUUCUAUACUUGUCUGCUUAUGUCCACCCUUUGUCUUUUACUUUUGCUGAAUUUCUCUCUCACUUUUCUCUUUGUAAUUAGGUGUUUUCUUGUAUACUCCCAGUGUACCAAGGGACGCCUUACGCUUUUUUAAUGAGAUUGACUUCUUACUUAUAAAAAAAAUCUAUUCUGUACU